AUGCGUGCCUACGGCCCAACCACCAGCUUCCCAACUCGCAAUGUCACUCUAGCCAUUAUUCCGAAGUCGCUAUGGACUCAAGAACUUAGCCAAGGCAAAUAUAGAUUGAUAGCCUCGCUGGUGAAAGAAUUCUCGCAGAAGCUUGGAAUACUAUGCCCAAGGCCCAACAUGGCUCUCCUGGCGGCGUUGAGACAAGGACUGCGCAUUUUCGACCUUGGAGUUUCGAUGCAUAAUGGUAUGCCCCAAUCACCCUCAAAUAUACCUUUUUCACUAGCCCUGAGCAAACGGCACGGAGACCAAAUCCAAGCGACCACCGGAGGCUCGGGCUCAAACGCAAUCAUCAUUACUGGUGAUCAUGUGGGCACUCAUAUCGAUGGGCUUUGCCAUGUUGCGAAAGAUGGCGUCCUCUGCGGGGGCAUUGCAGUGAAAGACGCUUGCAUGGGCGGGACCUACAAACAGCUGGGAGUCGAGACAAUAGAACCCAUGGUUUGUCGAGGAGUUUUAUUGGACAUUGCUACAUUGAAAGGGAAAACUCGUCUUGAUCCGGGAGAAGGCAUCAGUGAUCAAGACCUCGAGCUAGCUCUUGGCGACACGGUUCUUAACGCGGGGGAUGUGGUGUUAAUUCGAACAGGGUGGACUCAAUUAUACUCUGAUGCAGCCGCCUACACUGGUCACAAGACUGGUACUCCCGGUGUCGAUGCUAGUGGUGGAAGGUGGCUAGCGGACCACAAGGUACGAGCUGCUGGGGGUGACACGAUUUCCUUUGAGCAGGUUGCACCUGGACCCAAUUUCUACAUGCGGCCCUGUCAUGGUAUUCUCAUUUUCGAAAAUGGCAUUCACAUCAUCGAAGUCCUUGAUCUAGAAGGGCUCGCAAAGGCGAAAGUGAAGGAUUUCCUCUUCGUUCUCUCGCCUUUGAAAUUGGUGGGUGCAACAGGUUCGCCGGUACGUCCUCUCGCUAUAGUGGAUGCCUGA